GACGAACUCCUCCUCGAGCGCUGGGCGCCUUGGGCCUUUGCCAAUGCCAUGGGCCCUGGCAGCACCUCGCCCCGGCUCCAUGGCUGGAUUGAUCGGCAGGUGCGCCAAAGGCCGGGUUUGCUGGAAGGUCGCUUCAAGUGCACUCAGGAGUCCCCGCUCGCAAUGGCGCCUGCAAGGCCAAAGCAAGCCUUGCAGCGGGAGGUCGUCGUGAUCAGUCUGGAAUCCCCGCGCCGCAUUUCACCCAGAUCUUCUUCCACCUUCUCGGUUCCGCCUACGCCACAGGCGCAGACGGCGCCCUGCACGCCCUCUCAACCCUUCCGAGCUGUGGCCGGAGGCGCUGCCACUCCGCAGCAACCGCCGCGUUGGGACGCAGUGCCACGAGCUGCCAGAAGCCAUUUCAAAAGGGCCCCGGUGGUGCUGCCGGCGUGGCCCACGUUGGCGGCCUGGACAACCUACCAGCCAGGCACCCCCACCGCCCACGUGGAACGGCGAGUGUCCACGGCUACCACGGCCUCGCGGUGUCCAAGCGUGACGUCCUCACGGGUGGAACGGCAGGUGUCCUCUUCGACCGUCUCAGAUGGCGGGGUUCGAAGCCGGAGCUACGUGCUGUCGCCGCGGUUCACCACACAGCCCUUGCCGGCAACUUCCAGCUUUCACAUCUCUCCGCGCGUAUAUGUGCCUUUGGCACCCUCCAAGUCUUUCCCGAAUGUGUCGCCACGGGGGCCGCCGGUGGUGCACAUCGACCUCACAAGGACCCAGGCUCGGAUGGGCAAAGGCUCGCCGGCUGCCGCCGAUGUGAAGGCUUCCUCGUGGUUUCAGCCUGGCAAGGAGCUGCGGAGGCCGCUCUCCCCAAAAAAGGCGGAGAGGCUGAAGCCUUUGAAGGUGGAGCCGGAUGUCGACACGGAUGGUUCUCAGGAGGGGGAGGAGGAGGACCAUGUCAAGGAUCUGAGCCCCAGAAGCUGGGCCAUGGCGAGGCACCGGGAGGAUGGGCGCCUGCCCAGUGCCGAACGUCAGCUCUUUGGUUCCCGCACGCGAACUCCUGGCACCGUGGUGCUUUGAUGCUGGGUAGCAUCGAGCCCCUGAAGCCAGGGGAGCUGGCGAUGCAUCUCGAGAAACCUCGAC